GAGUUGACAAUCUGGGCCUUUGUUGUCCCUGUCUUCGGAAAAUGGAAGGAGAUGUGGAGGAGAUAAGUCUUAGCACGACCACUGAUAAAGUGACAUUAGAAAAGAAUCUGGAACAGGAAGGUAGAAAAAUUGGACAUUUCAUGGAUAGAAUAACUGAGCCCUUGUUACGAUCAAGAGAACUAAAAUACAGAAAAACCCCAACAGACAAUAAUUCAACUUCAGAUGAUGAUAUGGCAGAGAAACUUUCAGACAAUAAUCACCCAAGGUCAUUAUCUGAGGAAGAAUUGGAGGUUAAAGGAAAGUGGAUGAAGGAAUUAUCUCAAAUGGUGCAAAAGGAAUGGAAAAACAGCACUUGGUGGGAGAAGUAUGGAAUCGACUGGAGUAUCAUUGGAUUGGCAAUGUGUUCACUACCAGCAGGUCUCCUGUGUCUUGGGUCACACAGUUCCAUCCUUUGGGUGUUGGGGAUCAUAAUAUUGGGCCUUGCAAAUUCAGUACUUACAAUGAAGGGAAGUCACAUGGCAAGCCACAGAGCAUUGUGUGCAUCACCCACGCUUGGCAGAUUCUGGGCCACUUUCUUUAUGGAGGUGUGCAGCUUUCUUCCAGUUCCAGUUGGAGACCAAGGUCAUGUGAAACUUCACCAUGGACACACUAAUAUCAUCGGGUUGGGGGACUCAAGCAUAUGGAAAGCUCCAAGACUAAGUUGUGGUAUCUACAUGUUUGUGGCACCUCUUGUACUUCCUAUUCUGACUAUAGUCGUGGGACUUCAAUCCCUGAAGGAUUUGCCGUAUCUCCAAGCUCUACAAAGUCUUUCCUGUAUCUCUCUGGGCCUGUUUUGUCAUCUUCAGUUAUUUAUUCAAGUCUCAGGCUUGGGUAUCUGGUCAGCACUUGGCUGCAUGUUUCUCUCUCGGACGCUGUUGUCCAUUCCAUUCAUACAUGUCAAUAUCUUCCAGCAUAUUGGCCUCCCCAUGUUCUCUUCUUCUCAACGUCCUCUUCGAUUGCAGCUAAUGACUCACUGUGUUCUGAACCUGCCUCGAAAUUUUCUCCUGGACUGGACAUUUGGACACGCAAUCAUCAGCUGCCACAUUGAACAUCACCUGUUCCCACAUUUAUCAGACCAUAUGUGUCUUAAGGUUAAACCUCUUGUGUCCAAGUUUGUGCAGAGCCGCAAUCUGCCUUACCAAGAAGACACCUAUGUUUCUCGUCUACAACUUUUUUUGACCAGAUAUAAAGAGUUCAUGGUUCUUGCUCCACCUAUUACUCAACUGGCAGAACUUCGCUGAAGAACGUAGACAGGCAACAGCAAGCAUCUACAUGUCAUACUCCAUUCACUAAAGGAUUAGGAAUUGGCUGCAACCAACCUUAUAGGAACACUGUAGUGUCUGGAAUACAAACAUAUUUCUGAUUCUGUAAUCCUGAAGUGUAGGGAUGUGCAUGGGCAAAAAAUUUGUUUCGGUUUGGAAAUUCAGGUAAGUAAGAACAUUUGUCUGCUUUGGCAAUUCGGACCAAUGGCAUUCGGUUCGGUUCGGAACUGCCGAACGUCGGCACUUCGGA